AUGCUGGGUAAGAACAACUGGCGGGUACUGACGUUGGUCACAGGGUUGCUAUUAGCACAAGCUAUAGACUCACCGGGACGAGGCAGAGGACGAGUGCGUUUUCCUGGAUCCUUUCGGCCACAACCAUAUCGCGAAGAUGAACUUUCCUUAACCGACGAUAUACAACGUAUACCCCAUCCGUACAGUGAAGAGUUGUCGCAAUCAGCUCCUGAGGCGAGAGCCAGGUAUCCGCCAGCAAGAUACACCCGCGAAUAUUUUCCUCCAAAGUUAUAUUCAUCUGCAGCGUCAGACUACGCGGAGUAUUCUGAGUAUUCAGAAUUUCCCCCACGUGGUGGACGUACUCCUUACUGGAAAACGAGAAGUCCUCGCGUUGUUUUUCCCUAUGGGGAUCCAACAUCUUCAUACGAUAAUAUAAAGUUUCAAAAUUAUGAGAACGUAAAGUUUCAGGAGGAUUCCUCGUAUGACAAUCCAUCGAAUGGGUAUCGAGGACCGAAUUAUGGAAACGAGAAUGUAGUUUUCCGAGAUCAAAAUUUUGGUGUGAAUGACUUAGCCAAUGUUCAAGAUCUGCGCGAUUACAAUCUACAGGAUCUCCAAGAAGAAACACCAGGGGUUCGAGAGCGAGGAUGCGGAAUAUCAGUAGCAAAACAAGCUGCUCAAAGAAGAAUUGUUGGAGGUGAUGAUGCAGGAUUUGGAGCUUUUCCUUGGCAAGCCUACAUCAGAAUAGGCUCCUCUAGGUGCGGUGGUUCGCUGAUAUCGCGGCGACAUAUAGUGACGGCCGGUCACUGCGUGGCGAGGGCGACUGCUCGCCAGGUCCACGUGACUCUAGGCGACUAUGUCAUCAAUUCUGCGGUGGAGCCCUUGCCAGCCUACACAUUCGGAGUCCGUUCGAUUCAAGUGCAUCCGUAUUUCAAGUUCACACCACAGGCGGACCGGUUCGACGUCGCCGUACUCACGCUGGACAGACCUGUCCAUUACAUGCCGCACAUAGCUCCCAUUUGCCUGCCAGAAAAGAACGCAGACUUUUUGGGGCAGUACGGCUGGGCGGCCGGAUGGGGCGCUCUCAGUCCUGGUUCGCGUCUUCGUCCGAAGACUCUUCAGGCUGUUGAUGUUCCAGUAUUAGACAAUCGCAUCUGCGAACGUUGGCAUCGUGCCAAUGGAAUAAAUGUAGUAAUCUACCCGGAAAUGCUUUGUGCAGGAUACCGGGGCGGUGGUAAGGACUCGUGUCAAGGAGACAGUGGUGGACCACUCAUGAUGGAAAAAUCGGGAAGAUGGUACUUAAUCGGAGUCGUAUCUGCCGGUUAUAGUUGUGCAACCCGAGGUCAACCUGGGAUCUACCAUAGGGUGGCACAUACAGUGGAUUGGAUAUCACAUGCUACUAGUCUGUGA